AUGGAAAAGGAAAAAAAAAAAAAAGAACAGAAUACUAAUUUUUAUCUUAGAGUAUUUAUAUCUUUUUAUAUUUUUUCGUUAAUACUAAUAUCAUUAGUAAUAUCAUUAAGUUCUCAACUAAUAGCUUGUGUAUUAUUUUUCCCAUUAUUUUUAUAUAGCAAAAGAGCUCGAUUAUUAAUACUGGGAGCUUGUUUUAAAUAUUGCUGCUAUUUUGUAUGUUCUCCAUUGAACCCGUUUUGGAAAAUAAGGGUAAUAAGAAGAUGUAAGGAAAAUUAUAAGCCUACUAGAACUUUAUUAAUUAUUAAUCAUUUAUCUUCAGUAGAUCCUUGGAUAAUUUCUGCUUGUACAUUACCAUGGGAAAUGAAAUUUGUUUUUAAAAGCACAUUAUUUAGAAUACCUAUUGCUGGACAGUCUUUGUUUUUGUCGGGAGACAUUCCAAUUUAUUUUACAAAAGAAAAAGGGGGAUGGGCAAUCAAACCUGGAGGUAAAGAAAAGCUUAUGAAAAUAUGUAGAGAAUAUCAGGAUUUAAAUAUUGGCACAGCAGUAUUUCCGGAAGGUACAAGAUCACUAACUGGGCAAUUGCAAUUAUUUAAAUCAGGAUUCUUUAGAUUUGCAAUUGAAAAUAAUUGUGAAAUAUUACCAUGUGCAUUACAUGGUACUAAUAAAGUAUGGCCAGUUAAAUCUAAAUUAUUAGAUAAAGGAACUAUGUAUUUUUCCUUUGGAGAACCAUUCCGUCCUACCCCAGACAUGACUUAUCAAGAGUUAAAGGAUAAGACAAGAAAUGCCAUUUUUGAUUUGAUUAAAGAAUUUCCUGAUUACGAUCCAGAGAAGGAUAAGUUAUUAAACGAAUAUUCACGAGUAAGAGGGCAUGGACUAUGA